AUCUCAGCAAAAUAACACAGCAUGACAGUAGCAUUGUGAAGACGUCGACCUAAAGUGAUCAAUUGUAAGCUUGAAUGGUUAGUACGAACAUGACGUCUGAUAUUGAGUCAGAAUAUGACAGUGAUGAUCUAAAUGUUUUAUCUGUUGAUGAAUUGUUUGAUGCUGUUAAAAAAAAACCUCAUGGUAAGACAACAACUACUAGGAUAAAUAAUAAUGAUAGUUCUAUGCAACAGUAUAAUAUCACACCUUUUGAAGAUGGCAAUAACUAUGAAAUAAACUUAAAUAAUAUUGAACUCUAUGAAUUUGAUAAUUUUAACAAUCAGCUGGAACAAAAUACUGAGCAUCAACAUGUUGAAACUAUUGAGUGUGAAAAAAAAGGUUUACAGAGUAUAGAUGAGGAAACGUUGAAUACACCUAGCACAAUAAUUUCUCCAAUAACUGAGAACCAAAAUAUUGAAGUUGUUGAAUAUGAAGAUGACAUUCAUAACAAUUUACAAAAUGAUGGUAGGAAACGUAACAGAGUUUCAAAUUCAAAUUCUUGGAGCAGAAAUGAAACUAAAAUCAAAAGACUUAAAGGAGAAUCAUACAUAGGGUACAGAAGAAAGGAAAAAGAUAACACUUUGAAUAUUUUACAUGACACACCUCGAGAAGGACGAAAUCUUGGACCACCAUGUCAGUCUAAAGUAUGUGAGAAAUGGAAAACAAGAUUUUGUUUGGACAUAAAAAAUGAAGAUCGUUCAGAUAUUUUUAAAAAUUUCUGGUCAAUGACAUCGUGGAGAGAAAAACAAAUAUUUGUUUUAUCACUGGUAGAAAAAGUAAUUCCCAAGCAAAGAACCACUGAAAGCGCAACAUCUCGAAGAAAUGGUUCUUAUUUUUAUUAUUUAAAAGUUGGGAAUGAUAAACUAGGGGUCUGUAAACAAAUGUUUUUAAGUACUCUAGGAAUUAAGGAAAAUACAUUAAGGUAUUGGUUGGAAUAUAAAAAUCAGUAUGGAUUACAAGCUCCAAGAUUUGUUAGAGAGGAAGUGGGAAUCGAAGAUGAAGAAAUUGACUCCUUGGUAAAUGAAACUAAUAAGCACAUAACAGGUAACUCUAGGAGAGCAAUAAAACACAAAAAUAAUUACUUGAAUACAUUUUUUGAUAAACUUCCAAAACUUCCAUCUCAUUACUGUAGAAAGUCAUCAAGAAAAUUAUACUUACAGACAGAAAUAAAAUCAAUAACACAACUUUACAACAUUUAUUUUAGUGAAUGUAAAACUGAUAAUGAAAAACCAUUAUGCCGAAAAGCAUUUGACAAUAUUUUUUUCCAAAAAAAUCUUUCAAUUUUCUCACCCAAAAAGGACCAAUGUGACAAAUGUUGUCAAUAUAAUUUGAAAAACUUGCCUGAAGAAGAGUACCAAAUGCAUGUUUUAAAAAAAAAUGAAGCAAGGGAUGAAAAAUCCAAAGACAAAAUAUUAGCAGCUGCUGGUGAAUGUCAUGUUUUUACCUGUGAUUUAAUGGCGGUACAAUUGCUUCCAUAUUCACAAGCAAGUUCUAUAUAUUUUAAAAUGAAACUUGCUGUUCACAACUAUACUGUAUACAAUUUGAGUACUAAUGAAAGCAUUAAUUAUUGGUUUGAUGAAAGUCAAACUGAACUUGUGGCAUCAACAUUUGUUUCAUGUUUGAUUGAUGUUAUCGAAGAAACAUUAAAGAAAAGUUUAAAACCAGUUAUAAUUUACUCUGAUGGUUGCACUGCACAGAACCGAAAUUGUGUUAUGUCAAAUGCUUUAUUACAUUUAUGUAUAAAAUAUGACAUAACUAUAACACAGAAGUUUCUAGAGAAGGGUCACACUCAAAUGGAGUGUGACAGUGUACACAGUGUGAUUGAAAGAAAACUUAAGAAGACUGAUUGCUAUUUACCAAGUCAACUAUCUCAGCUAACAAAAGAAGCCAGAAUUUAUCCAUUUCCAUACACUUCAAAAUUAUUAACAUUCAAUUUUUUUUCGGAUUACAGUAAUAAAAAGCUGAUGUUCUAUGAAUCAAUAAGACCAGGAAAAGUAGCUUCUGACCCUGUUGUGACAGAUUUAAGAGUUAUACAAUACUGUCCAAUAGGUGUUAUAUUGUAUAAACUGAACUACAGUGAUCCUUUUAAUGAGUUGCCAAGAAGGCCAAACAAAAUUGACAAAGAAGAUAUUUUUAAGUUUCCCAAACUUCAUCAACACCCCAAAAAAAUUAGCUUAGAUAAGUGGAAUGAUCUUCAAAGUUUGAAGUCCAUAAUGCCCUAUGAUUGUCAUUGUUUUUAUGACGCAUUGCCACAUAUGGAUGAGAGUGUUCGUAAAGCCAAGAAAAAAAGUAAAGAAUGAAGACCAAAAAAAUACUGUUUAAAUUUGAUUAUUUUUAUUAAGUAUUGUUUUUUACUAUUUUGUAAUAUAUUUUUAAUUUAAUUUUAGUUGUGACAAAACACUGUUCAAAAGUGUUAUUAUUUUUAUUUACUUGUUGAUUUAUUGUCAUGUUUGAUGUAUUAACAUUUUAAUAUUGUGUAACAAAAGACUGUUUAAAAGCAAUGUUAAUUGUAUUUACUAGUUAAUUAAUACCUAGUUAUGUUUUAUUAUAAUUAUUUUUUAAUUAAUAUUUUAUUUGUUGAGUAACAGACUGUUCAAAAGUGUUAUUAUUUUUAUUUACUUGUUGAUUUAUAGUCAUGUUUGAUGUAUUAACAUUUUAAUAUUGUGUAACAAAAGACUGUUCAAAAGCAAUGUUAAUUUUAUUUACUAGUUAAUUAAUACCUAGUUAUGUUUUAUUAUAAUUCUUUUUUAAUUACUAUUUUAUUUGUUGAGUAACAGACUGUUUAAACUUGUUAUUAUUUGUUGAAAUAAAUUGUUCAUUUUUAUACCUAAUAAUAAAAAAAGAAUUUACAUGGCACU